AUGGAAAAAAUCUCAUAUGCUUCAGUUGUGGGGAGCUUGAUAUAUGCACAGAUUUGCACGAGGCCAGACAUUAAUUUUGUAGUCAGCAUGCUUGGGUGCUACCAAAGUAAUCUAGGGAUGUCUCAUUGGAAAUCAACAAAGAGGGCAUUGCAAUAUUUGCAAGGAACUAUGGAAUACCAGCUUACCUUUAGAAGAACUGAUAGUUUGGAGGUAACUGGAUACUCAGACUUUGAUCUUGCUGGUUGCUCUGAUAGCAGGAAAUCUACUACAGGCUGUGUUUUCCUGUUGACUGGUGGAGCAAUCUCAUGGAGAAGCAUGAAGCAAACAAUUAUUGUUUUAUCUACAAUAGAGGUUGAGUUUGUGGCAUGCUUUGAGGCCACAAUACAUGGUUUAUGGCUGAGGAACUUUAUCUCAGUACUUGGAGUUGUAAACUAUUGCCAGGCCCUUAAGAAUUUAUUGUGA